ACGAAUACAGUCGGGGUUGUGAGGGUUUUGGGAUGGGGAGGGGGGCGUACGGGGGAGAGAGUGGAAUGCAACACAAUCUCCACCACAGGUUUGAUCCAAAUUUGUAUUCGCAUCUCCCUCCUCACCAGCAGCCUUUGCCUGAUGACACGACGUGGACGCCCCCUCCGUCGACAUUGGGUUUCGCAUGGGGGUCGACACAGACGUCUUACGACACACCACCGCGAGUUGAAAGCACCGGAGGGGGUGUGGGUCCGAUGUACGCUUUGCUGGGCGAAACGCGGGGCAGAGGCCGUCAUCCAUUCGAUUUGCAACUAUCACCGACGGCCACCAUGGACGUUUCUAGAACGGUCCUCGUCCAGCGGAGUGGACAGGGUGGCGGUGCGAGCACGCAGACAAUGCAUGCCAGUGUCCUUGACGACGGGGUGUCAAUGCACCGGCCGAACCACAUGUCAAGGCUUGCGCUUAGCCAGGCCGCACCAGCGGGCAGCGUGCCGUGUCGCCAACCUGCGGCAGGCGCUGCCAUGCAGGAUCAGAGGGCUGAUGUAGGUGGUGUUGCGGAAUCCCCUCGAUGCGUGGAGUGUAUCGUCUGCCGGUUCAACAGCUUGCGGGCGACCAGCGAAGGUGACGGAGCAGGCGCGGCCAUGCAGGAACGGAGACUUGAUCUGUGCGGGGUUGCGGAAUCAGCUCGAUGCGUGGAGCGUAUUGUCUGCCGCUACAAUAGCUCGAGGCCGACCGGUGACGGUGAUGUGGGCGGCCGUGAAGGUGGUGCCAGCAAGCCGGACCACGUCGACGUAGAAGACGAUGACGCCGACGACGAAGACGAAGACGAAGCUCCGGUCAAGGAAGCAGUAUCCGGACGAACGAAAAAGCAACCUUCCAAAGUCCGUGGGAAAGCGAAGGGUAAGGAUAAGGAAGGUGAUACGAACGACGAGGGUGGCGGGAGCGGAGCGCGGGGGAACUGGAGUUUGAACGAAUCCCUCGUUCUUGUCCAGUGCAAGAGAGACCAAGACGACUACUUCGCUAAUGCGGGAACCAAUUUCUCCAGAAUGAAAACGAAGGACCAGAAGUGGAUGGACAUCGCAAAGCGGAUGGAGAAGGAAGGAGUUCGGCGAGACGGGGAGCAAUGCAUGAAGAGAUGGGAGAACAUAUUCAGGUGGUACAGGAAAGUGUGGGACAGGGAGAAGGAUUCGGGACUGCAAUCGUACUUCCUCAUGACAACGAAAGCACGGAAGGAGAAAGGGUACAAGUUCAAUCUAGACCGCACUCUAUACGACGCGAUCCACAUCAUGCAGGGGAACAACCAGGCCGUCCACCCGCUGAAUCUCGUGGACACCGGCAACGCACAAGGACAACAGUCACAACAAGGUGAGCAAAGCCAAGCGGCAGCGGGUGGUGGGGAAGCAGACACUUCGGCGAGCGAGAACAGGGGAGCGGAUACGGGGGACGGGUGUGGCAGAAGGUCGUCUUCAAACGACAUUCAAGGCAAGCGAAAGAACGCCAGGCAACUGGCUUUCGAGGCGGUGACGGAUGUGAUGAAAACGCACUCCACCGUUGUCGCGGAGUCCGUAGACCGCGCGAGUAAGCGGCAGUGCGACGUGCUCCAACGACAGUGCGACAUAAUGGAGAGGGAGGCGAGAACACAGGAGAGGCAAUGCGAAGUUCUCAACGUCGGGCAACGGAUGUUGUGCGAAGCUCUGCUUAAGAUUGUUGGCAAUAGUGAAAUCGCACGUGGCGGUCAUCGAGGGGUUGUCGUUACGGAAGUCGACAUCGGACAUCGUAACUGUGUGGGGGUGCGGCGCUGCGAAUCAAUGGACAUCCAGAUGGCGCUCAGAGGUCGUGUCCUCGGUCGUACCAUAACUUUUUACGAGAUGAGGCAUCGUCAAGGAGAGAAGGACGGCAGGUUGUUUGAUUUUGUGGGCGAGGUCACUGGACAGGAAGUGGGGCAUUACGAGGUGGACGCGAACGGUGACACGAUUCUCAACGUCGUCGUCGCGUUGGGAUAUGUGGAUGACAUGCUGCGCGAGGUGGUUGGCUACACAACGAAAGUCGGCCGCGCGAUCCCCGACCGGUGGGAAGGAGGAGUAGACGUUCUCGAUGACAUCGUCGACCUCCUGAUGUCCAACAUCGCGAACGAGCACGACGACCUCAUGACUGUUCCCGCGGAUUUCCGGGUCUGGCCGGAUCCUCCCUUGCACGACCGCCCGGGUCUCCGUGGCGAGAUCCGCAACAUCGAUGAGUAGGUGUGGAUGGAAGCCAUGGCGGCAAACCGUUCACCG